AUGCAAAUGGCUUUUCCUUCAAAGAAACAAUGUGUCAGCAAAACAACGGAUCUAGAGUUCAACAAAGAUCCCAAUUUUAACUUUAGCUCAAACAUUCUAGCAGAUGGUGUCUUCAAAGCUACAAACCAAGGGUUGCCUAAAUCUGCCAGGAAAGUGGAGCCACUUUCAAAGAAGACAGCUACAAGAGGAACUCUCAACAGAUACAAACUAGAAGCAGAGCUGAAGACCAAGAAUCAGCUGUUAGAAACGGCCAAACAACAGCUACACUCCAGACUAACAGGAGCACAGGGCACUAUAAAGGAGUUAAAGGAGGAGAAUGAAGGUCUGGCAGAAGAAGUUGAGAAGCUCAAGAAAUUUCAGAAAACUUGCAUGGUGAUUUUAGAAAGCAGAAACAUUGAUCCUGUUACAGGCAGCAACAUUUUGGAGGAGGAAGAAAAGACACAGGAAUGCCAGAAGCAGACGAUGCUGUUAACUGAGAAGCUUAUAGAAGAAUUGAGGCUAUUUAAUCAAACGGCUGCAAAAGAAAAGGAUGUGCUUCAGGCAGCGAUGGCUAAGUGGAAAUCGGCAGAAGAAGGGAGAAGCCGGUCCCUGGAGAAGCAUUCCUCCUUUCAAGUGGAAAUUAAGGAAUGUUCAGCAAUACUUGACGAGUUGGAGCUGCUCCUGGCUAUGUGA